ACCUUCUCGAUGCAGCACAUGUCCAUUACUGCGAAGUAAUAUAACCGAAACGAGAAGUUCAUGGCGCCCGUCGUGCCUCAUGGUAUUUCCAGAAGUUUGUGUUUCGUGGAUAGACAAUGCCCUGUGCCUUAGCUGCGAGGUAGCGUCCCAGCGAGCCACUGGGAAACGCUGAUUUGCGCCCGAUUUUCACCCUCUGAGAGGUUCGAGAAGGACUUUCCAAGUUGCGCUUCGGUCAGAUUUCGGGGCGUUAAGUAGCCAGUUAAACCAAGUAAAAUCAGGUGCAGUGGAAAUUACCAGCAUGAACACUUUGCAGAAUACAAAGCGGCACAGCCGGACAGGAGUUUCGCCCCAUGUUUUGCCCACCCACGAUCGUAUCCACGAAACGCAGCCUGCUGACAAAAAAAGGAUUUGUUGAUACUUGGUGAUACACAAUUUUUUGGCUCCGAACUGGCUCCAAUGUGCUAAUCUCAAUAUCAAACUGCCUAGGACUGGGAAUUUGUAGUCAUGAAACCAGCUGUUACAAAUCGCGCACGAAGUUGCAAUGGUUGCUGGACUUGUCGAGUUCGCAAGAAGAAAUGCGAUGAGGCCCGGCCUUCCUGCUUUUUAUGCAUCUCUUUCAGAUUGGAAUGUCACGGGUAUGGGCCGAAGCCCAAGUGGAUGGACAAUGGAACAUUACAGCAAGAGCAAGCUACUAAGAUCAAACACAUCGUCAGACAGACGAGUAGAUCAAAAAGGCGAAGAUGGACGGUAAAUUCAGAUGCGCUAUCUCUAGAAUGCGGAAGCUCGCAGGCUUUACAUUUGUCGGCUUCUGUUGAUGGACUCCUUGAUGGGUGGGACGAUGAACCAACACAAAAUAACAUUUUCCCUGGAGUCGGAGUUAUCGACGCGACUUCCUUGGACGAACCCACGUGGACGAAUCUUUUUGAUAACGACUCCCUCGCUUCACAGGCCCUUCUCAGUCCCAAUGGCAUAACGGAACUUUCCAAAACGAGCCUGAAUGUGGAUUUGGAGCGGCCUGUGAUAUCAACUGGAUCCGCUGAUACCAUCUUCGAUCCAGCAUCUGAAUUAGUAGAUGCGCGCCAAAGUGAAGGCAUGUGGGAUGACAGCGGGACUCGAGAUGACCUUCUUACUUCCGAUGGGACAGCCUGGACUUCAUGUUCCGAUAAAGAGAUUUUUCUUGAGUCCCGCCUAGAAUCCGCCACUCAUUAUCAAAUCCACCCAGUAACUCGAUGUCAAAAGGAUGCUUUGACAGCUGGAAUCUCUGGGCAACAGAUAACGGCCCUAGCAGGGAUGAACCGGUUGGCCUCUGGUGGAGAAACUGAGGACAUGUUGUUCAUGCACUACUUGGAUCAAGUAUUCUAUAUUCAGUAUCCGUUCUUUGAUGCACAUAAGAAACAGAAGAGAGGUUGGCUACUUUCUAUCCUGAAGGGAGUCAAAUCGACAUACCACGCAAGCCUCGCUUUAAGUGAGCAUCAUCUGCUCUCGACACAAUUUCCAAAUUCCGAAACAACCACUUCGCUUAUGAAGCUACGAUCCAAGGAUAGUUACUAUUACCUAGCAAAUCAGGAGAUGGAACUCAGCGUUGGCGGAUCGAGUUGGUGGGACGAAAGCAUCCGCCUGGUGCGCAGCAUUGAAUGUCUUGCUUGUAUUCUGCAGCUCUUGUUCUUAGAGAUAUUUGCGGGCGGUGCAGAUAAUUGGCAAAACAAUCUCCGCACAGCUGCAGGUUUUCUUCCGGCAAUCAUACAAGGGUCGACUUCUCUUGUACCAGGGCAUUUAAGAGAUCGGAAUAUCAGGAGCAGCGAGCCUAUACAGAAGUCUCUGGGUGCCAAAGAGAGCGAGGCAAUUAACUUCUUGCUUGGCUCCUUUAUAGCUCUUGAUAUUAUUUCUUGUGCUUCUACUCGUUCAGCACCUCUGUUGGAUAUCGAUCAUAUAUCAAUGCUUCAAACGCUUGACGUUGAUUCAAGAAGCUUCAUAGGUUGCGAUAACACUAUCAUGAUUCUCAUCUUCGAGAUAUCUCAAUUGGAUAGUUGGAAGAAAGACGCUAAUGAGUCUCAAAAGCUAAGCAUUGUAGAGUUGGCAAAGCGUGGAAGUCGAAUCGAGGAGCGUAUCCACCGAAAGAUUGCUGAGAUUGAGAAUGCAUCUUUGUCUAGGCUAUCUUCGAAAAGGGAUUCGAGAUUGUUGUUGAUGUCAGCUUAUGCUGAUAUCAACAGAAUCUUUGCUUUUUCUGCCAUUGUCUACCUCCAUGUUGUUAUUUCCGGAGCCCAUCCCGAGCUACCAGAAGUGAAAGAAGGCGUAUCGAAGACCCUAGCUGCUCUGCAGAGCUUGGAAGAUAAGGAAUUGCUGGUAAACGCUGUCUGGGCCUUCUGCAUUUCUGGGUCCUUGGCAGUCGAAAGCCAGCAAGGGUCUUUUCGAGAGCUUUUUUCGGCAGCGAAGGUCACUCAUUCUACUGUUGGAUCAUUUGCAGAAGCUUUCAAGAUUAUGGAAACGUGUUGGGAGAUGAGAAGGAAUGGUUCAUGCAGUUGUGAUUGGGUAUCUGCAAUGGACAAACUCGGUCGACAUGUUCUGCUGAGGUAGCUGAGUUGGGGGGAACAAUGAGAGCCUCUGUACGAGUCAGAGUCACGGACAUGCUUCACAGGGUCUUGGACUGGGGUCUUGGACUGGGGUCUUGGACUGG